UCCUGUUUAAACAUGGCGGCGCUCUGACAAAUGUGACAUUUGUGCUGCUGCUGAAAACAAACAGCGACCACCGCCCGGUACAGCUCCUGCGCCGCGGACAGACCAGAGGUAGCACCUGAUUUUCCAGCCGACAACAUGGUGCAUUUAUCAUCGUUUCUCCUGAAGCAGUACCACGGAGGCCACAUCGUCAUCCGAUUGGCUCUCGCCGGCCACAGACAGGCCAACAGGCCCUUCUACCGCAUCGUGGCGGCUUACAACAAAAGGGCCAGAGACGGUAAAUACAUCGAGCAGCUGGGCACCUACGACCCGCUGCCCAACGUCCACAACGAGAAGCUCGUCAGUUUCAACUUCGACCGGAUCAAGUACUGGAUCGGUUGCGGGGCGCACCCUUCAGACCCGGUGGCCAAGCUCCUCGGGCUGGCAGGAUUCUUCCCUCUGCAUCCGAUGACCAUAACCGAGGUCGAGCGUCGAAGAGCCCAAACACAGCAGACGCAAGCAGCAGCAGAGGAAACGGUGGAGGAAGGACAGAAGCAGGCUGAAGUGUGAGAGCUCCAGCUGUGGACUCUGUGAGACUGUCCCCUUCUACGAAACGUCAGCUGUUUGGAAAGAGGUGGAUUUGUGUCCAGCUUGUUGGGUGGGCUGCCCACCAGCAUCAGAUGUGGCGUGUUGGAGUUGCUUCAAGAGCCUCUGAACAGUUUGUUGUCCAGUUGAUGCUUUAACGUCUACGUGGUUCUGAGUUUUAUGCUGUUUAUGUGAUUAAAGUAUUUCACGAUA